GUCUUCUUUUCUUAUGUCUCUCAUCAAAUUCCUCUCUCUCAUGCCUCUGUCAACCUUUGGUUUUGAUAUUUCGACCCCGUCCAGCAAUAAUGGAGGCAGUUGGUUUCUUCUGCAUUCGAGCAUAGGCAUAUCCGCCAUGCACAUGCAGAUUCUUCACAACAACAAGAUCAUCAUUUUCGACCGGACCGAUUUCGGAGCUUCCAACCUCUCUCUCCCCGACGGACACUGCAGGAGCGACCCCAACGACAUGGCUCUCAAGGUCGAUUGCACCGCUCACUCUUUGCUUUACGACGUCCUUCUUAACUCUAUCCGCCCUCUCAUGUUGCAAACCGACACCUGGUGUUCCUCGGGCUCCGUCAUAGCCGACGGCACUCUCAUCCAGACCGGUGGAUACAACGACGGCGAGCGCGUGGCUCGCACUUUCACGCCUUGCAACGACGACCAAUGCGACUGGAAGGAGCUUCCGGAGUACCUCUCCGUCCGGCGGUGGUACGCUUCUAACCAAAUUCUCCCUGAUGGGCGUAUCAUCGUGGUCGGAGGUCGGAACGCCUUCAGCUAUGAGUUCUUUCCCAAGAACACCCUUAAUUCUACUUCACAGCCCAAUUACUAUCUGAAGUUUUUGAAAGACACCCGAGACCCCAAAGAAGAGAACAAUCUUUAUCCAUUCUUGCACCUCUUACCGGACGGCAAUCUCUUCAUCUUCGCCAACAAACGCUCAAUCUCGUUUGACUACACCCAAAACCGCGUAGUCAAAGAGUUUCCGGUGAUUCCUGGAGAAGACAGCCGCUCCUACCCCAGCACCGGAUCGUCGGUGAUGCUCCCACUCCGUCUAACCAGCGGCAACCAGUCUCAGUCUCCGGAAGUUGAGAUUCUGGUGUGCGGCGGUGCACCAAAAGGUUCUUACAGCAAGGCAGAACGCGGCACCUACAUCUCCGCAUCCAAAACAUGCGGGCGGAUCAAAGUAACCGACCCGAACCCCAAAUGGGUGAUGGAGCAAAUGCCCAUGCCACGAGUGAUGUCCGACAUGAUAAUCCUACCGACCGGCGACGUACUCCUCAUCAACGGCGCCUCAAACGGCACAGCUGGGUGGGAGGACGGUCGAAACCCGGUUCUGAACCCGGUUCUCUACAGAAGCUACGCAUCGGACCCAAGUCAGAGGUUUUGGGUUCUGAACCCUUCCAGAACUCCAAGAAUGUACCACUCCGGUGCAGUGUUGGUACCAGAUGGGCGUGUGAUAGUUGGAGGCAGCAACCCUCAUCGCGUCUACAACUUCACAGCAUACCCUUACCCUACAGAGUUGGGCCUGGAGGCAUUUUCUCCACCAUACCUGGCCCCCCGCUACUCAUAUCUCCGCCCUUCCAUCUUAUCAAUCGAGACACCCCAGAACGUGCUACUCUAUCGGGGAUCCUUCUCCAUUUCGUUGACGUUGUCUCUGUAUCUGCGGAGCAGGGGGAUUGAGGUUAUGAUCAUGACGCCCUCCUUUACUACACAUUCAUUUGCGAUGAAUCAGAGGGCGGUGGUGUUGAACGUGACGAGCAUGGCUCAGUUGUCGCUGUUUGCGUAUAAGCUUGUGGUGAGCGGGCCCCAGAAAACCGCCAUUGCGCCGCCUGGAUAUUACAUGUUGUUUGUGGUCCAUGCUGGAACUCCCAGCCAAGGUGUUUGGGUGAAGGUGCAGUGAGGCUUUUUUGUAAUUUUCAAAAUUUUGUUAUAUAAGGAUGGAUGUUUUUUUG